GUUUUUCGAAGAUAUCUCCGGACAUUCAAACGUUACACUUCAUACCAACAGCAUUAUGGUAGCCAUACAUCAGUAUCGAGUGCUUCGUAUGGCAAUGAUAUUGAUGAUCGUUGCACUGACAAUUUUCUUGUAUGCAUUUUACUACACCAAUCCAGCAAUUGCAACACCGGUGCAUUCAUCAUCAGCGGCAGCACUGCAAUCGACAGCGUACAUAGGGGUUAGUGAUGCUGAAAUAUCAGGUGGAUUGAGCAAUAAAAAUGUUUCGGGACAUCAGCAGGCGUUAUUGCCUGCCGAAACGAGUAACGGUUCAUACGAGCAAGCAGAUCUUUUAUUAUCUGCGUCGUCUUCGAUUAAACCGAAUGAACUUAUGAGGUCGGAUAAGGUCCCUGACCAAUCGAAGAAAGAAACAUCCGCUGCGCAGUCAGUUCAACCAACCCAUAAUGUCUCAUCGGCAAGCCCAAACACUGAUACAUCGAAGGGAAUUCGUACCGGUGAUUUAUACGAACCCGGUCAUUCAGAGGCAAAUGUUGAACUAUGUCCAGAUGCUGGUGAAAAUCUCCGUUUGUUAAUACUCAUCACAUCGGCGCCAACACAUCGAGAAGCUCGCUUAGCAAUACGCCAAACAUGGGGCCAUUAUGCGACUCGACGAGAUAUAGCCAUAGCAUUUGUUCUAGGUGCCACACAGCAGCAAUCUAUCGACGAUUCAUUGUCCGCUGAGAAUUUUAUGUACGGCGAUUUGAUCCGUGGUCAUUUCAUCGACAGUUACAAUAAUCUAACUCUGAAAACCAUUUCGUCAUUGGAAUGGGUCGACACAUAUUGUCCGAAGGCAUCGUUCAUUUUGAAAACGGACGACGAUAUGUUCAUCAAUGUGCCUAAAUUGUUAAUGUUUAUCGAAAAGCAUCACAAAGAUACGAAAGUGAUUUACGGCCGACUGGCCAAGAAGUGGAAACCGAUUCGCAAUAAAAAGUCCAAAUAUUAUGUGUCGCCGCAUCAAUAUUUCCCGCCGGUAUUUCCGCAAUUCACCACCGGCCCGGCAUAUCUUAUGACAUCCGAUGUUGUACAUAGUCUGUAUGCCAAGGCACUGAAUCAAACUUAUUUGAAAUUGGAGGACGUGUUUACGACGGGCAUUGUUGCCCAAUUAGUGAAUGUGAAACGGGUCCAUGUGAAUGAGUUUCUGAACCGGCGCAUAGCCUUCAAUCCGUGUAAUAUACGUAAAGCGAUUAGUGUGCAUAUGGUGAAAAGCAAUGAACAAUUCGAUUUGUGGAAGAAACUGCUCGACACGAACACGAAGUGUAAAUAGAAGACAAUUUUAAUUUGUAAGAUCGAAUUGACCGUUGUUGUUUCACAUGCAUUUUACAACCACACCACCAUUGAGCAAAAAUUCUCGUUUGCAAUGACCACAAUAUCAUCACAAAGAAAUUCGUCAAAAAGGUUUUUUAAUCGAAACAUUUUUUGUACUUAAAAUACUACGUCCUAGGAUUUGAUUUUUUUAUUUGAUAAAGUAAAAUUAGGCUGUAAGAGUAAACUGUAAAUAGGAAGGAAAAGAAACUGACGGGAAAGAACCGAACGGACGGGGGUAUUAUAUUCAUCAAAACAAUACAAUUGUUCAUUGAAUAAGAGACCAUACAAUUUCCCUUAAAACAUUCAAUAACGGAGACGGAUGAAUCGUAAUUCAAUUCUCAGCCGCAAUGUCUCGAUGUCAAGUACUUUAGUGAGUUCAAAUGACUAAAUUUAAGAGAACAUUCUCUGCUGUAUGACUAGUUUUGUCAGUUACGCAGACAGACUAUCAGAAGAUCAGUUAAAUUUAACUGGUCUUGAGGACAAUGCCAAAAAUUUUCAAAUGAAAUCGAAAUUUAAGCUUCGAAUUUUCGAAAUACAAAUUUUGUUUUUCCCCCAUUUUGACAUUGCUCUCAAGGCCAGUUACGUUUAACUGAUCCGAAAUACCUCUUCGUUAACACUUUAUAGAGCGUUAAAAGAGAAUGUCAAAAAGAGUGUGCUCCCAUCGAGCUCAGUUAAAUUAUCUGGUUUGUUCCUAGUUAACUGGGCUUUUAUAUACAAAUUUUGGCAUAUCACCCAUCGAGACCAGUUAAGUAACUGGCCUUUUUUUUCUCUUUUACGAUCUUUUAACACUGCAUAAUGUUGUCAGCAUGACGGCAUCGAAUCGAUUUUCGUUCAACGAACCCUCACUUGACAUCGAAGAGGAGGAAUUAAAUUCAACCUUUUCGUGUAGCCAUGUUCUUACUCUCGAAAGGACUAUAUAUAUAUUUAAUAGCAAUCGGUCUCCCUGGAGGAGGCACUCCUAUGUAUCCGACAAGACUUCUUCGUUUUCUUUAUUUUAUUUAGCUAAAUGAUUUGUAUUACGCUAACGCAACCAGGGUAUUGAGACAAUAAGGACAACUGGAGAAGAUUUUCUUUUAGUUUCAUGCCUUUUGUCAAAUCAUUUGAAUCAAAAAAGGAAUGGGUGAAAGAGCGAGUGUCUAAAAAUUCACUAAAUACUUUCCUCGUUCGGUUCCUUGUUCUUUAAAAUGAUCGAAGGUAUACCAGAAGUUAAUCUUCUCAGGCAUUUCUCAUCGUCUAACAUACCGUUAAAAAUAUUCGCAAUCUUAACGGUUGUGAUACUGUAACUGAAACAUUAUAUUUGUUAGUUUCGUCCAUAUUAGCUGUCCAUCAUAUCACCUCAACAUCAUUCUAAAAGUUGUUUUGCUGUGCCUUUUUUUGUUGCAUCAACAACAAUAUGCGAAUCUCAAUCCAAAUCUCAUUUUUUAUUUAUUAUUCAUUCAGGAGACUACUAAACAAAGUGAAGACUUGGUACAAUGAAACGUGAAAUGAUUCACUGCACAACUAACAUUUUCGAUAAGAAGAGAACACAUAACUUGUAUCCCUGUGAAUAGAUGAAACAUCACAUUUUGAAUGGAAUUUUGAAGAAAAUUAGAGUCAAAAUUCAUUAUCCGAAUGAAAACGAAUCGACGAUAAAGUAAUUCACGGAAAAGUGCAUUUUAAAUUGAUUCGAGGUGAAGCUGAGAUUAAUUAGCAUUCGAUAAUGUGACUUUUCGUAUUUACCUCGGUUAUUUGACUCUAAUUUUACAAAAACUUCUCCUCACCAUUUACACUUAUUUUUAUCAAUUUUUUAUCCUGAUUCUAACAGUAGAUCUUAAGCGUCACUAGAACCGUAUCUCCGCCUAUGCAUCACAGUAUUUGUGUUAAGUUAAUAUUUACCCAAUAAGAUCUAAGUGUUUGUUUGGUUUUUCUGCACUAAAAUGGAUUUGUUAACCUUAUACAAACAUCAUCAGCUAGUCAUCUGUUAUCGACAACGACUGACAACAGUAAACAAUGAGCUCUGGUUAGUGCUUUUUAUAUAAUGAAAUUCGCGAUUAAACAAAUGAAGUAAAAGAUUUUGUAGCAAACCCUGAGCGAUACUUUAAACAAACUAAGACGAAAUUCAGAGUAUUUUGUUGUUGCGACAUGCUGUCUGUUUCUAAAAGGUUAAGCUACUUAAUCCCAAACUCAAUUCCCUGUAUCUUGUUGAAGGGAAGUUAAAGAACAACACAGUAUCAAUGUAUCAUGUGAUAAAAAAAAUUCAUUGAAAGUCUUUCGAAUGUACGGUAAAAUAACUAGUGACACCGACAAUCGCCAAAAACGAAAAACUAAAAAAUCUCUCUCUAAACACUAUGACUAUAUACCUCUCUGUAUACCUAAAGCUGACAUUAAUCAGUAUAAUGUGUGCAACUUGUAUGGAAUUCAACAUAUGCAAAAUAUUUCAAAUUCGAAUGCAAAAUUUAGUAUUUUUAGCUUCUAUUUACAAUAAACAAUAAAAUGUGUUGAUUUAUCCAUGACUGACGAACAUUUGUUCGUUGAAAUUAACACGAUAUAAGGUAAAGAAAGAAAAAAAAAAUCUCGCAAAAACCUUGAAAUGCACAUUGUAUUCUCAUUCAAAUGAAACACACGAAAAAAAAAAACCAUUUGGAUAUUUGCAUAAGACGAGUUAAAAAAAAGAUUCUUUGAAAAUUUAACACCUCCAUUCCACAAAUCUGAAAUAAAAGUUUUGUUUGGAAAUGCAUAACGCGCUUUCAAUGUUAUUUU